AAAUAUAUAUAUAUAUCUUUAGUUUUCUUCCUCGUUUCCACCAGGCCAUUUUCAUCACUUUAUAAAAAAACAACUAGGAUGGCCGGGACAGGACGCGAAAACAGGACAUGUCCUGGGAAAACAGGACGUUUGGUCACCCUAUGCAAUACUUCUGUGAGCAAAUUUUUCCUUAUGGAAAUGCACAUUCAAUGUUUCUUGAGGAAGUGCAACACCUUUUUAGCAUAAUGCAGAAGUUUCACAAAAUAUUGCUACAUUUCUCUGGGGAAUGCAAUAUGCAAACGUUUUCUGAGUAAAUGCACAUUUUAUUGUGGUAAUGGAAAAAUCCUGAAACAGAAAACUUUUUUCAAAAUAAUGCAAAUGUUUGAUGAGAGACUGCUAUUUUCUCUGGGCAGUGCAAUAGAUUUGAGGGAGAACGAGGGAAUGAAAAGGUUUUGCAUGUGAAUGCAAGUUUCUUGGUUGAAUAAUACUUUGUGAGUUUGCUCGAAAGUAUAACAAGGUUAUAAAUUGUCACUAAAGUGAUGUCUAUUCACUGCGCACAAGCGGAUACACACCUCUGCUCUGUUGCUCACCCCCUCCCCUCACUUUCUUUUUAUAUGAUGCUGUCCUUCAGAGUAUUGUAUUUCAGAUGCACUGAAGGAGAUUUACUAAUUAUGACUCUUUGUUAAACAGGGGAAAGGCGAAAUGAAAACUUGGUGGCUGGAGUCAAAAAGAAGCCCUGCAGACCCUUUGUUCCCAGAAGAUGAACCUCUGGUCUUCCUGCUCUUGUUAGCAGUUAAAUUAUGAGCUGCAGUCAUAUAGAAGCAGUCACGACAGAAACCUUGGAAUAAAAUGUGCAAACUGAUUUGUCAAAAAUAGAUUUUCUAAAAUAACUAUUAGCUUUGCAGUGAUAGGUAUUUUAGCACGAUGCUAUUAAUAUUAUCAGUGUAUCACAAUAAAGUACAUUAGAGUAACUAGCACAUUGAGUUUUUAGCACCUGCAUUGACUGCUGUGACGCCUACUGCUAGAUGUUACGCGGGGGCGCGCAUGAGUUCUGGACAGCCAAUGACAAGCCCUCAUUUCUGUUGCAUAGCGACGCAUUUGCUUGUGAGUGUUUUCGUUCAAGGUUGAGUUGUCCAGAAGGCGCCUGCAUCAAUGUAACGAAGAGCAUUAUUACGCAAAAUAACUUAUCUGGAAAAUAUGUGUCAUUUCUUGCCGAAUGUCGGGAAAUGAAGCUGGCAAACCUCACGAGCGCGCUUGAAUGCCAAAAGAUACGCAGUUCUCAGCACAUUGGAGAUAAAAGUAACAGAGAUUUCAGCCGGUGCUCCAGAUAACCAAAGUCUUGUGGGAAAAGGGAAAUAUUAGGCGACUCAAAAUACUGUGGAAAGUUAUUUUAAGCACAGGUUCACCUCCUAACCUCAUUUAGGGCAGUAUUCGCAUUCUCUCAGAACCGGUACCACAUAACAUAUAGGCUUUAUUGACUAGAAUGUCUCCUUCAAGACUAUACUCGGCAUCUGUCAUGCCUCCUCUGCCUUUAAGCUCUUUCAAUAUCUCAAGCAGCUUCUGCACAGAAGAGAAUAUCUCUGAGUGCAUUCUAUACAUCAAUCAGGAGUUGUCGUCUCUGUGCUUUCCACCAAUUUUCCGAAACUCUGACAACAUCCAUGAUCUGGAUGCUGUGGUUGUCCUAAACAACAUAUAUGACUUGCUUCAGCUCCACCGUCGAGCCGUUGGAAUGAUGGAGGAGCUGGAGGUGGAGCAGCUCAAGUCCAGCAGUGACCUCCACUACCAACAUCUCACCAACACCAGGCUAAAGGACCAGCUUGAACUUUCGAAGAAGGAAAACAUGCACUUGCACGAGCGAGAGCGUCAGCUGGAAACAAGUUUAAAGACUUUGCAGAACGGCUUAAAAGAUGCAAAAGAAGAGGUACAAAGGCUGCAGGGUAUCAUUGGAAGCCGUGCCACACAAUACAACCAUGACAUUAAGAGAAGAGAAAGGGAGCACAACAGAGUAAAGGAGCGCCUCAAUCAACUACUCAUUGCCAAAAAGGAAAAUAAACAAGGAAUGGAAGUUUUGAAUUAUGUUGGAAGGUCAGAUGGGAGGAGGUGUCUUUGGAAAACUGGAAAAACUGAAUCCAGACACGAGGGAGAGAUGUACAAAACUCUACUCGAUGAAUUUGAUAACCGUCAGAGGGAGCUAAUGGUGGAAAACAUAGAGCUAAAGAAGGUUCUUCAACAAAUGAAACAUGAGAUGGUAGGGGUCUUAAAUUCAAAGAAGAUGUGCCAAAAGGAAGAGAAACAAAGCAAAAACAUGGAUCAGUUGACUCUGCAGACAAAUUCAGAUGAUGAUGAACCCUUGAAAGGACCUCCUGAGAUGUCAUGUGAUCAUGCUCGGGAGAAACUCACCAACAGCAUUCGUCAGCAGUGGAGAAAACUCAAACACCACGUGGAAAGACUGGACAGCCAAGCAUCUAUGGUGCAAGAUGGAGACAGUGAAGAGAUGAUCUCCAAACAACUCCAUGAAGAUGAGACAGAGAGGCUCAUGCAGGAAAUCCAGCAGUGCAAAGAGUUUAUUCAGACUCAACAACAACUUCUGCAACAACAGCUAAACACAUCCUGUGAUGAGGAGACUGCAGCCGUUCUGAAUGAUUCCUACAUGCUGGAAGAGAAGGAACGCUUGAAAGAAGAGUGGAGAGUGUUUGAAGAACAGAGGAAAAACUUUGAAACCGAAAGGAGAAAUUUCACAGAGGCUGCCGUCAGAUUGGGCCACGAGAGAAAAUGUUUUGAGGAUGAUCGUGCAAUGUGGCUCAAACACCAGUUUCUGAACACAACGUUUGCAGACCAAAUGAAACCACAAAGUCGCAGGACUGAUGAAUUUUCAAAGCACUCUGGUUAUGAAGAGAAACUCAUUUCAAUUUCUGGCAAAGUCAGCAAAUCUCAUCUUUAGUCCAUCCACACCCAUGGAACUGCUUGCAGAGGAACCUACAUUUUCUUCCAACACCAGAAGUGUGACAGCUGGAACCAAUAUAAAUAAGUCUGCUAGUAUCUUAAUGAAGAACUUUCAACAUAUGGACAUUAAUAUUAAACAAAAUCAUGUGCCAAUUGUUGACUAAAGGCUGCUGAAUCUUACAAGCCUCUGAAUUUUUCAUUUAGAAAUUCCAUUUGGUAAUUUAUUCAUAUUGCAUUUUGCUAGUAGAAAUGAACUAAAGUAUUUCUAGUUUUUCCAUAUGUUGUUGUUGUAUUAGUUUAAGCUUCUUAUGGUUAACUUCUAGGUAGUUAAAAUAAUAGAUGUACAUUUCUUAAACUUUUACAGGUAAGAAUGUCAAUUUGUGUUUUUAAUAUAUGCAGGUUUUUAAUCUAAAGGACAUUUUAAAUGCCUUGUUAGCUAACAGUUUAUCUUCUUGUAUAAGGUGUUAGUAUGGAAAAAAUAAUCUGCUUAAGUCUUCUGCAGAUAAUAUACCCAUGCAUAAGUAGCCUGAAACUACAGCUGAAGACAGUGAACUUGCUCUUGAGUAUUCACAGACCAGCUUAGCUUUUCCAAUAUGGCAGACGGCUUACAUAUAUCAGCCCAUGCGAACCAUUGCUAAAAAGGAAUAUACGAUACAUAUCUGGUUUAAAAAAAAAAAA